AUGGCAGACGAGCUUCGGAAGAUCAAGAAGCGCGAGGGCAGCACGCGCCACCAGCGCAAGUGGCGGCAGAAAAUCGUGGCCGAGAUCGAGCACCUGCGCGAGCAAGCGCUGUCGCUCGAGGCCGAGGUCCAGCGGCGCAAGACAACGACCAAGACAGCAGCACCAUUGGACCCGCUGGCGUGGCGGGACGUGGCCGAGUCGCUUCGAGACGAGAGCGCAACGUCGGUCCACCGCAACCGCGCGCUCAAGCUCAAGCACGCGCAGUACGUGCGCCUCGUGUCGGCCAUGGCGCGCUGGGUCCAGACCGCCUCCCAGCCGUUGGUCGCGGCGCCGAGAAGUCGCCCGACGUGGCGCCACACGGCGCUUUUGGCCGAGCCCAUGGGCCGGCAACUGGGCGUCGACUGGAUCACGACGAUGCUCCUCCACAAUACCGAGCGCAUGCUGGAUGCCCACGGCGUCCACGGCGCGGCGAACUCGACGCACAUGGUCGACUACUCGGUCAACGUGACCGAGGCCGACACGUUCGAGUACGUGUGGAUGGCGACCAAGCACGUCGACAUGUCGUUGGGGCAUGCGCGCGACCUCAUUCGCAUGUGGCUCCACCAGUACACGACCGGCGGUAUGUGGCGGAAAGCCUCGUCGACGCUGCUGGACGUCGAGCUCCUCUCGUCGCUGCCACGGACCACGUACUGCGAGACGAACAAGCUCGGGCCAGACGAGAUGGUGCGCUUCCUCAGUCGCGAGUUUCGCAGCGAGCACAAGAGCGUCUUUGUCGGUCAAAACAUCCACGCCGACGAAUGCAAGCCGAUGCCAACGACGUUUCGCAACCGCGCCUUUUGGUAUGUCUUGGACCGCGCGGGCCCGAAUGCGACCAAGGUGCAGAUGCUGCACGUGACGUCCCAUUUGCUCUCGCCGGCGGCCGAGCCGCUCGGGCUACUCCAAGAAGGCGCGCUCAUGGGCUGCGACCUCGCGCUGGUGCCAGAAGUCGACCAGCUCGAGAAGCUCACGCACCACGCCAACCGCGUUGCUGUCAAAGAAGUCGAAGGUCUCGCGGCGUCGUUUGGACAUGGCGCCAAAAUGUUUGGUUACACGGGCGCGUUCCGGUAGCGCGAACGCUAAAGAAGAAUCAUGGGCGAUGGAUAGUUGUGUCGUGGAUAUGUGGAGCAUGCUGGAUAAGUGUCGUCGCGUCGUUUGGAUAGAACCAACCAGUACAAGAACACACACUAUCGAUCCAAAUAAUAUCCAUAGAUGACGAC